AUGUGUCAAGAAUCUGAUUACAUUCAAACUAUUAGGAAGAAGAGCUUGAAAACUGGUGCUAAUUAUAAUUGUCAACAAAAGCAACGUCGAACAAGAUACGGAAGAGUGAUUCCAGACUAUUCUGAAUCAAAUUCUGAUUCGGAUGAUAUUAUAAAUUGUGAUCCAAUAUCAGAAGAAGUUAGAGACGGUCACAAAAUAAAAUUUGAUUUUACAAGCAUUUCGAAUGAAUUACAAUGUAAACCAAGAAAUGAAUGGAAGGUCAAUGAGAUUAAUAUUACCGAUAGAUUUCGAAAAUAUCAAAUGGAAGUACUUAAAAAAGCCGAAACUGAAGAAUUAGAAGACAUUUAUGAAAUUUUAUCUCUAUCAUCCAUAAUUGUACUUCGAAAUACAUGUCCCUACCCCAUAUUUACGAAUGACGAAUGGAAUGUAAUUAUAGGGACCAACCCAUACACCAUACGAGAAUCUACUCUCCCACCAGAAAUUUCUUUUUCUCUCCGAGUAGCAUCCUUUAAUCAUUUUCUUGCCAAGGAUGUUUUCAUGAAAAGUGGAGAAUCAAAACUCGGUAGAACAGUCGCACAUUCUUUAAUAAUUUGUAGAUAUGAUAGCAUACCGAACGUAGUUUCUCCAAAGAUGACUGAAGGGGAACAUUGCUUCGCUUUCCUUUUUCCAAUUCUUCGUCCGUUUUCAUCUGGCGAAAAAGAAUAUAAACUUGCCUUAAACCGCUCCAAUUUAGGAAUGGAAAGACCGGACUUAUCAUGUACAGUAAAUCAUAUACCGAUAUUAAAUUCAGAAAUCAAACCUAUUGGGUGCACUCCAUUACAACGGAAAAAGGAUUAUGUAAAAGCACAAUUAAAGGGACGAAAAUCAAUCAACCAACAAUUGAAAGAAAAAGGUGGGCCAGGCGAGGCUGUUAUAUUUCUAAACGUGGGCGAUUUGAUGGAAUCGUUUGUCAUGGACCUGAGUCAUGAUGGAAUAUACAGCUCGUGGUCAUUUCUAACAAAUAGGUUGGUAACUGAUAAGACAAUGAUCCCCUUAGCUGAGAUAGAAAUCCACCAUGUUGUGCCUUUGGAAGUAU